AUGGAACGUGAGCGAUGUACAGGUGUAGCCACCAAGGUGGCUUUCCUACAUCAGAAGGAUAUAGCGCAUCAAGACGGAGCAGAUGACCGAUAUUUGAAUGCUGGAACCGAGUCUACCGUCUCCUUUCAUCUGAAAAACGCACCUUAUUGCAGUCUGACCAUGUUGGUGCGGGGGCCGUGUGUGAUUUAUCUUCGUGAUAGUUGGCUCUUAUUCGACGAUUGUUAUAAUUUCCUGUUGCCAAAUCCAAAUGUACUACCAGAUGAAGUUGAUGAUCAUGCCGCGCUACCAAUCCAAAUCCAUGGCCGCACUGUAAGAAAAUUUGUUGCAGUUGGCUUCAACAACGACAUCCGAAUCCUUCUUCGGAUGACCACGCCGGACGGAAUUGUUCAUCCUCG